AUGGAUGAUGUACCUUAUUGUUAUUGUGCCUAUGAAAUCCCAUUUCGUGGAGUGUCUUCAGAAAAUCCAACUGGUCAUUUAUUAACUGCUAUUCGAAAUUCUGGAGAGAAGUUGUUGUUUGGCAAACCGCUGGAUACUAUUUAUCGAUAUGGUUCAUUUGAAGUUUUACACAAUAAAUUAGCCUUAUAUGGUGUUUUAGGCUUAUCAAGUUGGGAAGUUUUAUUUGUACCGUGUAUUAAUUCUAAACAAGUAAACGAUGAAGAUGUGAAUUCUGUUCGUCAAUUGUUAUCACAAACCCUCAGUCGUACAGAACCCUAUUUCUAUCGUCCAGGGGCAUUUAGUCGGCCAGGAUCUAUCGGUUUAGGUAAAAUUGACUGUUUACUCAUACAAGAUCGACGUGAUCGUGUUUAUAAAUUUGAUCCAAUUUUAAAUUCAUGGAUACGUACAAUUGAUGGAUUAAAAAAUUUAAAUUUUACUAAGCAUUGGUUAUUCGAGAGUAAAAAACUUCCUCAUCUGCCAACACGUCUCCUGAUAUUGACUACGGAUUUUGAAGUGUACACCUUUCAAAUAUGCUAUACAAAAAAGGUGUCUACAAUGCCGACAACAACAGCGACAGCGUCAGCAACACCAUUUGACUGUAACAAAUUACGUAAGAAUAUGAAAGAAAAUGUCAAAUUAUUUAUUAAUUUAUUCACAUCAAGAAUCUCACAUAUUCGUCGAUCAUCUGGUAUGGUAUUGGCUGAUGAAUAUGCUGCUAACUGUGAUCUGAAUACAACACCAAUUGAUCAGAAUUAUUCUCAUGAUCAACCGGUGACGACUACCUGUGAAAUGGUGAUACAAGGAUCUGUAAAUAUUUUUCAAAAUUGGAAUUAUUUAAAUGAAACAUUAGAUAGUGAUAAUAAUAACAAUAAUAAUAAUAAUACCUUACCAAUUAAUUGUACCCCAGUAAAUCCAUUGUCUAGAUUAAAGGCAAAAUGGUAUGAUUGUUUAAAAGGCGAUUAUGAAUUAAUUGAAAAUACUGAUUUUGCUUAUUGUCGUACACUGCCUUUGCAGAUCCCGACACUUGCAUUUAAAUCUUCUGUAAUUAUAUUUCGUGAUUAUUUUGUUGGACAUCGUUUUCCAGUUUUAUCAUUUUAUUAUUUCCCGAAAGAAAAUAAUUCACAGAAUAAUAAUAAUAAUGUUAAUCCAUCUUUACCACACUUAUCCACAUCUACACAACGAUCUGGUGGUGUAUGGAUAUUAAGAUCUGGACGAUUAUUGAAUGAUGAUCUUGAUCUUAAACAAUUAAUUCAUUGUAAUUAUCCAUCAUCAGUCAAUUAUUCAUCAAAAGGCUAUCAACAAAGAUUAUUUUUAAAACAUAUAAAAUUAUCUUAUGCUAAUAAGUUUAGUGAAUUAAAAGAAACAAUUAAGUGUUCAAAGUUCAAUGGACAAAAUUCUCAACAACAACAACAAGAUUUCUAUGAAUUAUACACCCCUUUAUUCCCAGAUAAUGAAUCUUCAUUGUCAUCGGGUGAUAUCAGUGAGGAAGAGAAUGACACUUUGUCGAUGUCAACAUUGAACCAUCACCACCACCACCACCUCGACCAUUCUGUUGUUGCUUCACCUGUUGGUUAUAUUCCUCCACUGUCAUCAACACCAUCAUUACUACGAAAACCGGGAGAAUGGCAUGAAACUGCUAGACAACAGGUCGACUGGUGUACACCGAAACGUAGUUAUAUUCAACAAUCUUGGAUCCAAUUGAAAAAUCUCAUUCACUUAUCACAAAUUCACACACCAGAUGUUGAAAUUUCAACUGAUUUUUAUACAAAUAACACUGCUAGUGAUCAUAAUAAUAAUAAUAGUUACAGUAGUGCUGAGAACAGUCCAUCAGGUGUACUUGAGUAUUCUUUAUUCAGUAAUGAGGACAGUAACCAUCACAACGAAGAUAAUAAUAAUAAUACUAAUAAUAAUUGCCCGGAUACUGUCUAUAUGAAUUGGGAUACACUGUCAACUGAUUCGCUAGGCAGUGAAGAACAAGAGAAGAAGACAAUGAAGGUGAAGAAUAAAGAUAUUGGCAUUGUGUUGAGACGUAAACUAAGAUCAUCUGAAGAGAAACGUUAUUCUACACGAUCAGAUAUGCCGAGAUUUGAUUUUAGUAGUCCUACUAAUAACAGUGGUAAUAAUGAUAACACCAAUAACAGCAUAAGUAUUGGUAGUAAUAUUUCUAAGUCACUUGGCAGGAAUUAUUCCCGAUUAAAUUUGCUAAAUAAAAAGAAAUUGGAGAGUAUGGCAUUUCAGUGUAGUCCACAUCGCUCCUAUUGGUCAGAGAAUCUGCUGUCAACAAAUUGGUUGGAUUUGUUAUCGUUUAUAUUGAAACAGGCCAAUGAAUUAGUUGGUGUUAUUUAUCAGUAUUCUAUACAACCGGUGAAUGGAUAUAAUGGGACAAUAAUUGUAUUAAGUGGACCUGAUAGUGGACGUAAUUGGCAACCGAUUUUAACGAGUCUUGCACAGAUAAUGUUAUCCUCAGAGAAUCGUACAAUUCAUGGUUUUGAAGAUUUAAUUGAACGUGAAUGGAUUCGUUAUGGUUAUCCAUUUGCUCCUGAUCCAACUGAUUGGCAUGAUAAUUCAGUUAGUUCUGAUUAUGAUGAUGGUGUAUGCUUUGCUUUAUUUCUUGAUUGUGUUCAUCAAUUGCUUAUUCAAUUUCCUACAGAAUUUGCAUUUACACAAGAUUACUUGGUUUUAUUACUGGAUAGUGGAUUAAGUCGAGGUGGUGGAAUUCCUCCCUUCACUAUAGAAUUCUCCUGUUCAUGUGAAGCAGCUAGACACGUUCAAACAAAAACUUUAACACAAGAACAAAUUAUUGAAAAGUCAAAUUUUCUAUAUAAUAAAUGUGCAUGGCGUUCUUUUCGUCAUUGGAAUGAUAUUUUAACUAUAGAUGGGUGUCAACUAUUGCCUAACUGGUUAUACUGGUGGAGAUACAGUUGUAACCCUAUGAAGGUUCAGCUUAAUUCAUCAGACUACACAGAGCUAAUAAAAAGUGUUGAGAAGUCAACAGGAAUACUUACUCCAGCUCUCAUACCACUACACUUCCCUCGAUUCUGGAUUCAUGCAUGGUAUCGAUGGAAUCGUUCUACACGCAUAACCAACGGGGGUGGUUAUGCAUUUGAUGCAGCCUAUUACAGAAAUCUUUUAAAUCCAAAUCAUACAUGUAGUACUACUUAUCACAAAACAAUUACACCACGCACAAGUACCAGCCCUUAUACUGGUUGGUUGACUGAUGAAUCCGUUAUAAACGCCUUGUUUUGUAAUCGAACUGAUCAUCAUCCUACAAUAUCAUGUGAUCCUGUUUAUAAAAGUCUAUAUGAAACAGCUAUUCAAUGGGAUAAUGAAUUAUGUGAAACACCUUGA